GCCCAAUUUCAUUGCAUGAUAGGGACCUAGGGAGAGUUGACGCAGGAAGGCCCAACUUAACUGCAAGGCGACCAGUCGUCAUCCAUCAGCAAAUAACUUUGUUCACGCGCCACAAGCACUGUCUGUUUGGUAUCCAUUACAGCCGCAAAUCAGUACAGGACUCUGCCCGCAGGCCUCAAGUCUAUCGCGCAAUCCGCGCAUAACGUCCAUUCGAGGGGCUUCCAGACGCACGCGACCAACCGUCACUUGGCCCACGGCCCACGGCCGCCGCAUCCAUGAGGCCUUGAUACGCGCCGCCCGCACAAUACGCAGCGUUCUUCAAGUCAUUUCAGAGCGACUAGAAAGUCGACCUGUUCCGUUGCAAUGUUCUGCCUGCGCAGCUGGCUCCCGCUCCUAUUUAUACCUACAAAUGCCUCGCCCGCAUUUAUACUCCUCUUCUUCAUCUGCACCUACUUUCUCAACAGACCGUGCUUUUACUGCUCUUUCUUGCUGUUGAUCCUCUUCCUGACGUCCUGCAAUUGGAGCGAUCGGUGCUUCUUCGACCUCUCCGCCAACUGGUUUCAGUCUCGCACCUCUCCAGUCGAACCAGACACAAGUGAUUUGAGCGAUGAGAUCAAGGCCGCUAUUUCUGUGGCCGCUCACGUCGUAAACACCACAGCUGAGGCUUUGGCGACGGCGACAGCAGAACACAUUGCAAAGGAGCGUGCAGAAUGGACCGGUCUUGGCAUGGAAUGGCUUAGAAGUCUCUUGGGUAAGAGGGAAUGGCGUAUAGAGUGUCUUGAUGUCUACAUACGGUUGUAAUGGGCUUUUUUUGUUCUUUGUUUCCAGUUGCGGUAUUCAGAAUAUAUAAGGCCUCGCUCGGUUUCUGUGAACACUGAACAGUGUUUUGAAUAGGGUGCAUAUUGAGCCCAGUUUGACGGCUGUCUGCCGGUUGCAUAUAUAAUGGCGUUGAUUAGUGUCAGGCUUCUAGGGAGGAUCGUUUGGAUGGUUAGAUAUAUUACUUCAGCCCAGCUUGGGUGCUAGUGAACAUGAGAA